UACAAUGUGUCAGUAACAUCAAAUUCUGAGAUGCUAACAGCUACUCUGAGGGGCCACAUGGACAAACCUCAGACAGUGGUCUGCUUCGCUUUCAACGCGCUUGGAAAUGACUCCCUGAUUUUGGUGCAGGGAGGAGACGAGACAGCAACUCUGUUGUGGUUUGUGGUACCUGCUGUGGCCAUUUGCCUGGUCAUAUUCCUUCUCUCUCUUAUUGUCUACUGUUGCCGAAAAAGAGCUGGAAAACAUGGCCUGAGACGUCCAGCUGUGUACCCAGAGGGGAUGGGAAUUUAUCAGGACCGGAUGCCCCUCUACAUUAAUUGCACAGAAGUAACCCAUAUCUAUGCCAACGGCAGCUACCAACUUGUAUACCAGAACUGCACUCCUCUUUUCGUCCGUACUAAGCAGAUCCGUCCAAUGGGCAGAAGAGGCGGAGAGAGGCGGGUCGGGGAGAGAAGAAGAGCAGGAGAGGGUGGAGGUAUAGACAGACGAGGCGGUUUGGGAGUCAGAAGCACAAGGGAGGUGCAAGGUACUGCUGUGGCUGAUGCUGAGACAGCCAUCUAUGUGGAGAUCCUCUGAAGAAGAUUCACUUUUAUAUGAUUCAUUCUUAUACAUGUUUAUUAGAGCUGCAACGAUUUAAUCAAUUACUUCCUAUUUUGAUAUGACUCA